AAGUUCGUUACAGUUAUCAUGAAUUGAAGAAAACGUCUUACCAUUGUAGUACUCGAUUUUUCAUCGUUGGAUAACUAAUGGAAUACAUCAUUCAUGGAUCUUACUAUAGCGCUUACUUUCGCUGACGUUCGCUGACGUUCGCUGACGUUCCUGCACGUGCAUUGCCCACACAUUUAAAAUAUUGUGCUCACUCUUACAUCAUGAUCAUGAAGAUAAAUGUAAUUCAAGGAGGAAUGAUAGCAAUGAUGGCUAUUCAAAUUGUUUUUUCCGAACAAGAUCAUGUUCCAACAAUUUUGGGAGAGAUUGAAAAUGUUGCCAAUAGUGCCACCAAUCUUUUUACAGGAAUUGUACAACGACAAAAAGAACUGAUACAUCGUAUGACGGAUACAGCUUCUAACUACAUCACAAAUGCUGUAGAAAAGCCGAGGAAUUUUAUUAUCAAUGCAACUAGAAUAACUACUGGUUACAUUGACAGUGCUGCUUCCAAGGGUAUGGAAUUUCCAAUUAGAAGAGUUUUGGAAAAAUUUCGUAACAGGAUGCCUUAUGGAAUACCAGAACUAGGAAUUCCACCUUUGGAUCCAUUUGAAUUAGAUGAAGUCGAUAUUGUAAUUGAAAAUCCGGAAAUAGGAAACGUGUCUAUCACUAUCCAGGAUCUACAGUUACACAAUUUGUCGACCUUCAUAAUCAACAAAGCAAAGCUAUCACUGAUCGGACCAACAAUUGCAGCAAAUAUUACUGUUCCAAGAAUUUAUGUUGAAGGCUUUUAUAAUAUAUCCGGCGAUCUCAGUCAAAAAUUUCAAUUACAUGGUUAUGGCCCUUUUAAAGGAAAUAUACAUGAUUUUCAAUUAUAUAUAAACACUAUUUUGGGUUAUUCUAGAGGAGUGUAUUUAAAGACAUUCGAUCUAGAUUUUACUUUGAAAUUUAUUGAUAUAAAUUUGAAGAAUUUAAUGGAUGAUCAAGAAUUAAAUGACAUCAUGAACAAGGUUGUUCAAGAAUUGACGCCGAAGGUCUUGGAUAUUAUCAAACCGGACAUACUUCCGGAUAUCGAAAAUUAUUUAAGUGCAAAAAUUAAUGAAACUAUUCAUCAUCUCACCAUGAAAGAUAUAAUUAAUGUAUUGAUGGGCUAUAAUGAAAUUCGAGAAUUUACGUAUCUUCCAGUAUCUUAAAAUUGAAGCUUAUUUUUAAAAGUUUAAAAAAUAAUCCUGGUAAUCUAUAAAUGUAGAUAAAAUAAUUUUUUUAAGAGUUAAAAAAACUAAAACUACAUUUAUUAUUUUAUGUUUUUAAUUUGAAAAAAAAAUGAGAUUUAAUUUUUUUGUUUUUAAAUAUUUAAAGAUUUGGUGCAUAUGUAGUAAAAUUGAUUAUUGCUUAUAAUUUUUUUACUUUGUAUAGUUUUGGGAAUGGUAAGUAAUUUUUUAGUUUUGAUAAUUAUAUUGUAAAAAUGAGUAUAAUAAUUUUAAUAAUUUAAUUCUAUUCUAAACAGAAUUUUUCUGUUAGUUUUUUUUUUUUGAAAAUGUAUUGUGAAAAAUAUACGAAUUACUUAUUUAUUCAUGAAAUAAGUAGUAAAUUUUUCGCCUUUUGUA